AUGGUCAUGGUCGUCCCUGCGUACUGCCAGUUCCCUCCUCACACCCUGAUCCCCCACCGUGGGCUCGCCGGCUGCCAUUCACCUCCACGAAGGCCUUUUGGCCCAUUUACACUGCCCCCCACGCUUGUCUUUGCCCCUUGUGUGAACAUGGUCCAGCCACUCCCCUACACCGUAGCGCACCCCAGUCUGCAGCCUCACCGAUGCGGGUUGCCUCACUACGACAAGGGUGAAAAACUAGCGCUGGAAGAAACUGCAUUUGAAGAAAUUGAAAGAGAUUUUCAGGAGGUUCUUGGCGAACUUUCAGGAGACAAAAGUCUGGAAAAAUUCAGGAUUGAAUAUGAGAAACUUCAUGCUGUUAUGAGAAAGUCUUAUGACAAUGAAAAGCGUUUGAUGGCCAAGUGCAGAGAGCUGAAUGCAGAGAUUGUGGUGAAUUCUGCAAAGGUUGCCACUGCUCUGAAGCUCUCUCAGGAUGACCAGACAACCAUUGCCUCCCUGAAGAAGGAAAUCGAAAAGGCCUGGAAGAUGGUGGACGCGGCCUACGAUAAGGAGCAGAAGGCCAAGGAGACGAUUCUGGCCCUUAAAGAGGAAAUAGUGAACCUCACCAAACUUGUGGAACAGGGAUCUGGUCUGUCAAUAGACCAGGAUACCAAUAUCCGAGAUUUACUGAGGUUCAAAGAAGAAGUGACGAAGGAGCGAGACCAGCUCCUGUCUGAGGUGGUGAAGUUACGGGAGAACUUAUCGUUGGCCAUGGAACAGCACCAGCAGUCGGAGCGUGCAAAGGAGGAUGCAGAACACACCCUCAAUCAGUUCCAACAAGAAAUCCAGCACCGCCAGAAUGAAGCUUCGCGCGAGUCUCGGAAGAAGGAAAAAAUGGAGAAGGAGCUCAAGCAGAUCCAGGUGGACAUGGACACCAAGCAGUCGGAGAUCAAGGCACUACAGCAGUAUGUUCAGAAAAUCAAGGAGGAGAUGCAGCGGCUGGAGCAGCAGUUGAAGGAGCAGAAGAUACUCAACGAGAGGGCUGCUAAGGAACUUGAACAGUUCCAGAUGCGGAAUGCCAAACUUCAGCAAGAGAAUGAGCAGCACACUUUGAGUUGUGAGCAGCUGUCACAGGAAAACCAGCAGAAGGCAUUAGAGCUCAAGGCCAAAGAGGAAGAAAUCCAUCAGAUGCGCAUAGAUAAUGGGAAGCUGAACAAAAUUCGAGAACAAAUCCACAGGAAACUGCACCAGGCUGAAGAUCAAAAGGGGGAAAUAGAACAACAAAAGGAAACCCUAAAAAACCAGAUCUUGGGAUUAGAGAGAGAGGUGGAGGCUUCAAAGAAACAAGCAGAAUUUGAUAAGAAAGUCACAGAUGAGCUUCUGAGAGAAAGGGACAUACUAAAUAAGAAUAUGCUUAAGGCAAUCAGUGCCACCCAAAAGCAGAUGGAGUUGGCAAGACUCCAGGAGCAAGCCAAGAGGAAUCUGGAGGAAGAAAUCCAAGCCCACAAGGAAGAGUCCCAGAAGCAGAGAAAGAUCAUCUUUCAGCUAGAAAAGGAGCGUGAUCGGUACAUCAACGAGGCCAGUGAUCUCACCCAGAAGGUCCUCAUGAGCAUGGAAGAUAUAAAAGUCCACGAAAUGCAGAUUUUUGACUACAGAAAAAAAAUAGCUGAGUCAGAGACUAAAUUGAAACAGCAACAGAACCUGUACGAAGCUGUGAGGUCUGACAGGAAUCUCUACAGCAAAAAUCUGAUUGAGGCGCAGGAUGAAAUCACUGAAAUGAAGAGAAAGUUAAAGAUUAUGACCCAUCAGGUGGACCAGCUGAAAGAAGAGAUCUCCGUCAAGGAGGCUGCACUUGUGAAGCUGCAUCUGGAACAGCAGCGGAUAGAAAAGGAGAAGGAAACACUGAAGGCCGAGCUGCAGAAACUGAGACAACAAGCCAUGGAGACCAAACACUUCAUUGAAAAGCAAGAGGCUGAAGAGAGGAAACUCCUGAGAAUCAUUGCUGAGGCCGACGGGGAGAGGCUAAGGCAGAAGAAGGAGUUAGACCAGGUCAUCAGUGAAAGAGACAUUCUGGGAUCUCAACUUGUGCGGCGCAAUGAUGAGUUAGCUUUGCUGUAUGAGAAGAUCAAGAUUCAGCAGUCUGUGCUGAAUAAAGGCGAGAGCCAGUACAACCAGAGGCUGGAGGACAUUAGGAUCCUCAAGCUGGAGAUCAAGAAACUGCGCCGGGAGAAGAGGAUUCUGGCCAGAAGUGUGGCUAAUGUGGAAGAACUCAGGCAGGAGCUUUUCCACGUGCAAAGAGAGUUCCUGAAGGAGAGGACCAGGUGCCGUGCCCUGGAGGAGGAGCUGGAGAACCCUAUGAACGUGCACAGAUGGAGGAGGCUUGAGGCCAGUGAUCCCAGUACCUUCGAGCUGAUACAGAAAAUUCACACCCUGCAGAAGCGCCUCAUCAGCAAGACGGAGGAGGUGGUGGAGAAAGAGCUGCUUCUCCAGGAAAAGGAGAAACUGUAUGUGGAACUGAAACACAUCUUGGCCCGGCAGCCUGGCCCCGAGGCUGCGGAGCAGCUCCAGAUCUACCGGCACGCACUGCAGGAGAAGACCAAGCAACUUAAAGUUUUGUCUUCAGAAUUGAAUAUGUUUGAAUCACAGAGCCAAGAAGAUAAAUAUGAGAUUGAGAAACUUGGCAACGAACUGGCAAGUUUGAAGAAGAAAUACCUGGCUCUGAAACGUAAACAAAUGCUUCAGAAAAACAAGGACAGAGUGCCCCCAGAAAACACCUUCUCAGCGAUCAAACCAGCCUCUCGUUACACCGGGGGCGGGUUCCCCCUCAACAAAUUCUUUAAUGCCAACUUGAAGCCACUGGUUGGAUCCAGUUGA